AUGGAAUCAUUCCUUCAUGCUAUUGUGUCAUCUCUUCCUGCAAACAGCUCAAAACUGGAGGAAUACAAGCAAGGUCAAGAGAAGGAUAGGAUAUGUGCACAGAUUAUUCGAUUUUGUCAGUCAGAAUGGCCAAACAAGUGUAACAUUUCGAAGGAAUUACAGCCAUACUGGACUGUUAGAGCAGAGCUAUCGUACAUUGAUAAUUUGUUGCUAUACAGAAAUCGAAUUGUGAUACCUAAAGGUUUGCAAGACAUAACUCUUCACAAAAUUCAUCAAGGUCACCAAGGAAUCAGUAAAUGUUACGAAAGAGUUGUGACAGCAGUCUGGUGGCCAGGAGUGAUCAAAGACAUGGAAGCCUUUAUUAAGUCUUGCCCUCAGUGCUCUCAAAGGACCCCACUGACCUGUGAGCCCCUCCUGCCAACCACAUUACCUAAUCAUCCUUGGGAAAGAGUAGCUGCUGAUCUGUGCCAACUAAAAGGGUCAGUUUAUCUAGUGGUGGCUGACUAUUAUUCUAGGUUUAUUGAAGUGAAGCAAAUGGCUUCAACCACAGCUACAAAGGUCAUAGAAGCUCUGAAGUCUAUAUUUUCUAGACAUGGAAUUCCAGAAGUACUCAUUUCAGAUAAUGGUCCUCAAUUUGCAAGCAGUGAAAUGCAGGAGUUCGCAGCUCAGUACAGAUUUACUCAUAUUACAAGCAGCCCACUCUACCCCCAAUCAAAUGGAUUAGCUGAGAGGUCAGUGAGGACUGUAAAGGGGCUGCUACAAGAUGCAGAGGAUCCUUACUUAGCUUUGUUAGCUUACAGAGCAACUCCUUUGCCAUGGUGUCAUUUUAGUCCUGCAGAGCUGCUAAUGGGGCGUAGAAUCAGAACAGAGGUACCACAGACGCAGGAGCAAUUCAAACCUAAAUGGCCUUACCUGGAGAAGUUUGAAAGAGCUGAGGAAAGACACAAGCUGAAGCAAAAACAGAAUUUUGAUAAGAGAAGAAGAGCUCGAUCUCUACCAGCAUUAGAAAUGGAUACUCUGGUAUGGGUCAAUUUUCAAAACCAUCAGGUACCUGGAACCGUGGCUGAUUCGGCUGAUACCCCCCGAUCUUACCACGUAAAUAUACCAACAGGUCAAGUGAGACGUAAUAGAAGGGACCUUAGACCUCGUCAAGACUGUGGUCGUGACGCAAUCGAGAGUGAACCUGAAGAUCCUCCCAGUGGUAUCAGGACCCGAUCACGUACAGGUACCAGUCUACGUCCUCCUGAUCGCCUCACAUAUUAUCAGUAG